CUGACAAACCGGUCGUGGGACCGCCUCGAAAUCACGAAGCCACAUGCCUAUAAAGGCGCGGCCGGCUCUUCCCUCAGACAAGGACAGGAAAAGGGAAGGGCAUUGACACUCGACAAACGGGGGGAGAACUGAAGAAGCCGUGCCCCGAACACAAGCAGCGCAGCUCAGCUGAUUCCCAGGACAGCCAAUCCCUGCAGCGGCACGACAGCAGACGAGCAGCCGCUGCAUUGAGCCGAUCAGCAGCGAAUUAAAGCAGGGCACUCUCGGAGGAGGAGGAGAGACAAGACAGGCAACUCGGAUCUUCUAUUGCACACCUGCUGCUGAAUUGAAGGAAGAAUCGCCAAGAUGAUGAUGCAGCUGCCGGAAACCCACAAACAGAAGAACUCCCUCUUCACCGCCAUGAACCGCUUUAUCGGCGCCGUGAACAACAUGGACCAGACCGUCAUGGUGCCCAGCCUGCUGCGGGACGUCCCGCUGGACGAGGACCGGGUGCUGAGCUCCAUGAAAUCGGACGUGGACGAGGGCGACAUGUACAGCUACUACCAGCUGCUCAAGUCCAUCCGCACCGACAUGGAGUGGGGCGUCCGGUGCGCCACGGCCGACGAGAGGCGCAAGGAGAGCCUGAGGAUCACUCGCAUGAACUCCUCGGCCUCCAGCUCCUCGUCCUCCUCCUCCUCGUCGUCGUCGUCGUCGUUGUCGUACGAGGAGGACGAAGAGGAGGAGGAGGAGGACGAGGACUUGGAGAAGCAGUUCCAGUACCACCUGACCGGGCUGCACGGUGUCCUGUCCAAGCUCACGCAGCAGGCCAACUGCCUCACCAAGCGCUACAAGCAGGAGAUUGGCAUCGGAGGGUGGGGCCAGUGAAGCCUGUGCCCGCAGGAACUGAGAGCCCAGUUUUCAUUUUUUUUCUUCCUGGGACUGGCCGAACUGACUUAUCAACAGGCAUUAUUGCUGCUGACAAAGUGUAUAGACAGCAUAUUGAAAUCUGCAGCUUGUAUCUCUCUAUGGGCCCACACGGUGUUGGUCUGCUCUGUGGUAUAUUGACUGUAGAUGUGUUGAUCUUGAAGAAUGCAUGUGUGUGUACCCAACACCAAUCCUCUCUGUUUUGCACUCCAGCGUGUUGUACACACCGUGCAUUCAAGUUCCUUGUUGAUACACAGAUGAAACACAUUUUUUAAAAAACCUUUUAUUUAACUGUAUAAUUUAUUACCUAACACUGUUUGAGAGCCAGAUGUUAUUUCAAAGUUUUGGGACUGAUUCAACUAUACGGGACCUGUCAUUUGAAACUGCCCCUCCCAGAGGGGGAUACUGACAAAAGAUUCAGCUUCCAGUCUGUGAUGCUGAUGAUGUUAGUGCGUUCAGAUGUAUUUGUCUGUAUGUGUGUGUGUGUGACCAGUGCUCCUUCAAAUUGAAUGUUUCUGCUUUGCAUGGAAGGAGGCAUAUGCUAUGUGCUACUGCAGCUGCCUAUGAUCUCCCAAAGUCCUACAUGGUCGAUGAACUGGAAUCAACUGAUAAUUCUUCUUGCAUAGAGAAUAAUGAAGGUUUCCAUGAGACGCAUUGUUGUUAUUGUCAUGUAUCUGUUACUACUGAAGUAUUACUGGAGAUACAUCUGUCAAAAUGAGUAAAACGCUUUUGUACGCACCUUCUGCACCAUUUUCUUUUUGUACUGAUAAUUUUAGUUUCUAAAAUAAAACUUUUAAUUUACCUA